AUGUUGAGAGGUGAAAGAAGCAAGGCAACUCUUGGAAAGAAGGAAAUAGCAAGAGGUGCAAGGAGAAUGCUAGAGGGGAUGAGCAAAGAUGAUGUGGAAAAGAUUGAGAGGUUAAGGGAGGAACGAAGGACUAAGACAUGGAAUGAUCCCAUUAGCAGUGAGAGCGAAUUGGGAGAGUUUGAGAUUGGGGUGAAUGUUGCAAGAGAGGAGAGUGAUGACUCUCAAAGUGAACAAGGAGAAGAGGUUGAUCAAGAGGUUGAUGGAAGUGGGCAUGAGAGUAAUGAAGAUGUACCAAUGGAGGAAGCUGAGCCACAAGAAGAGGAGGAUGAACUCCCCAUGUUCCAAGAGUACUACAAUGCUCUAUUCUCCAUGGAUUUUGUGGAAACCAAGUACCUUCAUGACAAAACUAUGGAGGCUCUUGGAAUCUUCAAUGACGUGGAGUUGGUACUCAAGAACAUGCACUUGGGGAGGUUCUUUUCUCAUCGCAUUGAGUCAUACAAGGAGCUCACUUGUAAGUUCUUGGCUUCAUUGAGGUACUACAUGUAUGAUGAGGAGGAUAGAGCCGAUUUGGAUCAAGGAUUGGGGUGGAUAAGGUUUUUUGGCUAA